AUGGUUCAUGGAUCCUUAGGGACCAGAGGUGGGCAAGUCCGACCAUGUGCAAGUCCAAGUCAAGUGCAAGUUCGAGUCGAAGUUCUUGAUAUUUCUGCACUAUACAGAAAAUCAAUGGAUUUUAUUUUUGCACGAAAGAACGAAAAGUCUCAUUUCAUAAAUGUCAAAACUGAAAUAGGCUUUGAUCAUUAUGCCGAAAAACGGCAUGCUAGUUUUCCAUGGUAUUUGGCAAUGCCGGCUAAUUCUAUUGUGAACACAUUUUAUAUUCUUAUCGGUGUAUAUUGGUUAUUUAAAUCACGGCAGCUGCAACACAAUUUGACAACUAUGAAGUUAUUUUCAGACAUUUUUUCUUGGAUGUCUAUUGUUUAUGGAUUUGUUCAAUGGUCACGAAUUGCUACACAAACACAUUUGACAGCUGUACUAGAUCAAUGGUUUACAUUCCCAAUAUUCGCAUGGGCAGCUAUUUGGGCAAUGACUAUUCUCGAUGGUUUCAGCCUUCAGAAAACGAUAUUAUUUAUAUUACUAGCAUUUUUAUCUUAUUUUUUGAUAUUUGUAACUAGUUAUGGAUUUGAAAUAGCUCUUGGUUAUCAUAUAAUUCUUGCCGUAUAUUAUGCCUUUCAACUUCAAUAUAAACAUGGAAAUAAACUAUCAAGAAUAAACUUAUUAUUAGCAGUACUUGCUUGUUGUGGAUUUGUCGUCCUAAAAUUACUUGAUCAUCAAAUAGCAACAUACAAAAUAUUUCAACGUUUUACUGGGCAUUUUUGGUCUAAAAUAUGUGAUGUAGCACAAAUACAUUAUUCAUUUGCUUUUUUUUACGCAAUUUAUUUAAAUAAACAAAAAAAACCUCAAUGA